UGACAACUUCGAGUUUACUACGCGACGCGUUCGACUCUCACUCUACCCUUUCAGCCGUCGAAUCUUCCGUGUGAUGAUUGCUAACGAGCAAGCAAAGCAAAUUCCGUUUUCCCUGUUUGUUUCUCUGCUGCACCAAAUUGCCAAUGUUCCGGCACAUAAUAUAUCGUCCAGGAUCAACAAACAAGCUCCUGCUUGCCGUUCUCCCAUUGGCGUUCUUGCAAAAUGGGUCGAAAACCUUCAGAAUAACUAUUCACCCUUACCUCGGGAUACUACCACACACGUUCUCUGCCUUCUAUUUCCUGAAGAGGACUCACACAGAAAGUAUAACCUGCAAGAAGCAAGGCUAUCACAGCUCCUGCCAGACUGUCUGGAUACUUCUAUCUUUCCGCCUAUCUCUACUGCCCGUUUGAAACAGUGGAGUAAGCAACAGAGCUCAGGAUGUCUCGGCCAGGAAAUUUUUGCUUUACAAUCAUCAAAUGCCGAGUCACUCAUUGGACCAAAGAGUCUCCAGGAUAUUAACGUAUUGUUGGACGAACUGGCAUCUACCUCGGCGUUUUCUGACAAGACUCUCCACGCGGCUCAUUCGCUAUCGCCACCUCGGUCUAAAUCUGCUAUUCUGCGGUCGUUAUUCGAAUCUCUUCCUGCUCUCGAUGCUGCAUACCUCACGCAGAUCAUUCUGAAAGAUCUGAGACCCAUCCUAUACGCUCCCCCUGUCGCAUCCACCAGUCGUGCUCUUCUUGAAUACAACACGAAUAGCAAGUCGGUGUUGACAAAGGAGCAAUUCAUGAAGACUUGGGACCCAAGUGGCUCCAUGUUGAAGAUGUACCGAACACGUGCUAACAUAACCGAAGCGGCACUGUGCUUUGAGGCUGGAGGUGUGAUUUCACACCCAAGGCCGCGCUGGGGCGUUCCCGUUGAGAUACCGAAAUCUGCAAAGGGCCGGAGCCCGAUGCAUGCACUCAAUGUUCUCAGGCCAAGUAGUGCUAUCUGGGCGGAAACCAAGUAUGAUGGCGAGCGUGCACAGAUUCACGUACGAUUUCGCGGCCAAGGUGAUCCACAAAUCGUAAUUUUCAGUAAGAGCAAGAGGGACUCGACGCUGGACCGCAUUGCAGUACACCCUAUAAUCAUAGAGGCCCUUGCUGGCUAUAGUAUGGGAGACAUCAUACUCGAUGCGGAGAUGGUUGCCUAUUCUGAUGAGCGGCACAAAAUAGAAGAGUUUUGGCACAUACGUGGCUUAAUAGCGCGCACUGCUGUGGGUGCCCGGGCAGGCGGAUAUCGAAGGGGUGAGACCCAGCACGAUUCGCGCACACAAGACUCUUGCCCUUCACUCCAUUCGAAUUCGUCAGCGGCCUCCACUUUGCACCUCGCACUCGUUUUUUUUGAUGUCUUGCAGGUGGGCGCAGCCUCUAUGUUGAAUGCACCAUAUUAUAUGCGCCGGUCACUACUUGAGAGUGUCAUCACCCCAGUUCCAGGGCGUUCUAUGUUGGCUGAGCGGGUAGUUGUCGUAGGCGGGAAAGUACAAGAGGUUGAAGGGCAAAAGAGACUGAGGAAAACAUGGGCCAAGCGUAUUACGGAAUGUGAGGAAGGGCUGGUGCUCAAGGCUUCAGAUAGCACCUAUGGAGAUUGGAAACUCCCCUGGGUCAAGCUGAAAAAGGACUACAUCCCUGGGUAUGGAGAUACUAUAGACCUCGUCGUAAUUGCUGCUACUUGGGAGAAAGACAGAGCUAGAGAGCUGAGAGUGCCGCCAUCGACUCUAACUACUUUCUACAUUGCCGUCCUAAGCAACUCGUCGCAAAUGAACAUCGAUCCUGGUUGCAAACCUCACUUUGUUGCGUACUUUACUGCCUCAUAUGGUUUAUCCCGCGAGCAGCUUGAGGAAUUCAAUUUCUGGAUACGUGCAGACGCGGUUGAUGGACCCAAGCCGUCUAUUGAUGAAUUGUGCUACACGUACACUAUGUUCCAAAUGCUGCCAAGGCCAUCUGUGUUCGUUCGGAACCCGAUUCUGGUAGAGUUAUGUGGCGCAGGGUUCACCAAGGCGCCACAGAGUAAGUACUACGAGCUCCGCUUUCCACGCAUCACGAAGCUCUUCCGUCCAUCUGAGAGGUCCUAUAUGGAAUGCCUCACCCUCCGAGGCCUGCGAACUAUAGCUCUUGAGACGGUUGGGCGCGAGGCCCAUGAUGCUGCGAAGUAUAAGGACCUGGAUGAAUGGGGAAGAAGGUUGUGGGGAAAGCUGGGAGACGAAACUGUCGAGGAGCAAAGAAGAGAGCUCAAAAGACAACGGUUCAUUGCAUGCUGGGAGGAGAAGCUGGCAAACGUUGAUCGUGAAAGGUGUAGGAAGAGAAGGAAAGAGGAUCUGGAGAUGUCCCUAUAGGCAGUUGACGUACCAUACAGAUGUAUUAUCUAUGUAACAAUCUUAUACAUUGACUAGCGGCAA